GGAGCUCCUCCAGAGCAGCACAGCCAUGAACCAACCCAGCUCGCCGUCCUCCAGACCCGCGCUCGUUUUCGGCUCGUCUCCCUGACACGCAGCACCAUGAAGAGGCAAAACGUGCGGACCCUCGCCCUCAUCAUCUGCACCUUCACCUACCUGAUCGUGGGCGCCGCGAUUUUCGACGCGCUGGAGUCGCAGAUGGAGACGAGCCAGAGGAGAGAGGUGGCCCUGCGCCGGGCCGAGUUGCUCCACACCUUCAACUUGUCCGCGGAGGACUUUGACGAUCUGGAGAAGGUGGUGCUGCAGCUCAAGCCGCACAAAGCAGGCGUGCAGUGGCAAUUGGCCGGCUCUUUUUACUUUGCAAUCACUGUGAUCACCACUAUAGGAUACGGCCAUGCGGCCCCCAGCACAGAUGGAGGGAAGGUGUUCUGCAUGGUCUAUGCUCUCCUGGGCAUCCCUCUCACCUUGGUCAUGUUCCAGAGUGUGGGUGAACGGAUUAACACCUUCGUCAGGUAUCUUCUCCAUCGCCUGAAGAAGUGCCUUGGCAUGAGACAAACUGAGGUCUCUAUGUUCAACAUGGUGACUGUCGGUUUGAUAUCCUGCAUGAUCACACUGUGUGUGGGGGCGCUGGCUUUCUCCCACUUUGAGGGAUGGAGCUUCUUUCACGCCUACUACUACUGCUUCAUCACGCUCACCACCAUCGGCUUCGGCGACUACGUGGCGCUGCAGAACAACCACGCUCUCCAGAACAAGCUGGACUAUGUGGCCUUCAGCUUCAUCUACAUCUUGACGGGAUUGGCUGUGAUUGGAGCCUUCCUCAACUUAGCCGUCCUGCGCUUCAUGACCAUGAACGCUGAGGACGAGAAAAGGGAUGCCGAGCAGAGGGCUCUACUCGCUCAUAACGGCCAGGCAGGCAGACACAUUCACUGCUCCAUGGACCAAGCAUCCCCUUCCUCUACGGCGUCAGGAUGUGUAGGAGGGAGUGCAAUUGGAGGCGGCGGGGGAGGAGCCGCGAGCCGGGGUCUGCGUAAUGUUUAUGCCGAGGUGCUCCACUUCCAGUCCAUGUGCUCAUGCCUUUGGUACAAGAGUAGAGAGAAGCUGCAAUACUCCAUACCGAUGAUCAUCCCACGUGACCUCUCCAACUCUGACAGCUACAUGGAGCAGGGGGAGGCUUUCUCCAACCCCCUCCACUCCAACGGCUGCAUGUGCAGUCUGCAGCCCCACUCAGGCAUCAGCUCAGUGUCCACUGGUCUGCACAGCAUCAACGUGUACAGGAGACUCAAUAAACGAAGGAGCUCGAUCUAGACAGGACGGCAUGCUCUGAGAAGCACCUUGUAACCUGUUUCAUUUUCUUUUUCAAUGAUGUUUCAUUUGUAAAGGAAAGCAGCAGAAUAUGUGCAUUGAAUCCAAAGUGUGCCAGAUCUUCACUGCAUACGAUUAUUUCUGCUGCUAUUGACUCUUAAUUGGCGGUCUUUGGUGGAUUGGAUGAUUGAAGUCAUAUCAGUAGCAAGAAGCAAGCAAGGCAUGUUGAUAAGGAGGAUGCGGAAGGACAACACACAGGCUCAAAAGCUUGGCACAUCCCCAGCACGGUCACACGCCUUCCACUCCUCAACCGGGAGUUAUUACAACACGGUUGAGUUGGUCACUCGAAUGCAAACAGCACGGCCAAGCUGAUCCCACUUUGCAAGCCACCCAGUCUCUCUACUACCAAAUUCUGGAGAUUGUCGCCGAUCAACACCGCUCCGUGGGCUGGUGCUGCCGUCUUGGUGAAUCAAGUUUAGUCCCGGGCUGUGGAGAUAUGGGAUGUCCAUAUAUCUCCCUGAGAUCGCCUUCAAUGAUAGAAAGCCUCGUUUUUCCAGUGAUGGAGAUACCACGCCACACCAUCACAUUACAAUGAGGCACCUUUGGCGCAAGUCAGGGCCUUUGAGUAUGUGAAGCUCAAAACAAGAGUCAAUAGCAACAGCAGAAAAGUCUGUUAGGCAUAGGCAGCAAAGAUUUGGCACGUUUUACACGGGCACAGGGCACAUACUUGACUAGCAUGCUCUGAAUCACUUCUGACACUUUCCAACGGUUACUUCCUUGACCCACAGGUGAAAACCUAGUGAAAAGGGUCAGGCUUAAUGAUAGAGUGGGAGUUUCAAAGCCAUUUCUUUCACAGACUACAGAAACCUUUACUGUAAACGACAUGUACAGCUUAUUCUGAACCCCUGACAUUUUACAGUUGUGUAAUUUGUAAUGUAUAUUGUUGGGCAAAAAUGGACAAAUUAUACUGUGAGAUGAGUUUUUCAAAGGGAGCACACGGCACUACAUGUAAAUAUCACCCUUCUGAAAUCAAAUGAUUUUAAUGAAGUUUCCAUUAUUGCAAAUAAAAAGUAUGGUUGUAUAUAUUUUACACAUUAAGAUUUACAUAUUAAGACACUUUAAUAGAUUUAGUUUUUCAGUAGACAUGCUAAAUAAAUCUGAGUGUCCUUUCCUUUGUGUCCUGUUUAAGCCCAUUUCGAUAGGCUUCAUCUUAGAGAUACAGAGAUACUUUAUGUUAAAGUUACAAAUGAUUGUGCGUAAUCACAUACGUCGUGGAGGUACGGGACACUAGCGACUGUGUUUUCAAUCACUGGACCUCCUCACCACUCCUAUCAGACCUCACAGUUUUAUACAGAUUGAUUUAUGUUAUCUUGGUUUCUUCUUCCACGUCUGAGUUGUAUUUACUCAUCAUGUGUUCUUGCAUAGCAGCGCUUGCGUGUGAACUCACUUUGUACAUAGUAGAACCACAUAUCGAAUUCACUGCUGCACCUUAGAAGAUUGUUUUAUGCUUUAGAACGCUGGAAUUCAGUGUGCAUUUGUUUCUUUUUCUAUAGAAGCCACAUUAUAUUUAGUUUUAUAAAUCAUGUGCCCUAAUGGUUUCAUUUCGAUGAUUCACUUUGCUGUUGAUGACUGAGAUUACUGGUAGUACAACUCAAUGAUAAAUGGCCUCCGAGUUUGAACCUCAUGCACUUGGCUCAAAUAACAUGUCAGACUAUUCCAGGUCUUCAAGCAGUGUCCUUCUUUUAUCCUUCAGUCCUUCUGAUUGACUUGUAUCGCUUUAUGCGUCAUUUGUUGCAUGUGCUUUCUUAUUCUGUUCCUGUACUCUCGUCACAUAAGAAAUUCUGACACAUCUAUUUUUCUACAUGAAGAUACUGGUUAUCUGCAAAAUACUUCUGACAGAUGGACUUCAGUCAACAAUGUGUGGGACGAUACUGUACAUUUCCACAAUGCUUUUACUUUAUUCCGAAUAAAAUAUUUUGAUUUAAAACAA